CGGCCCCAAGCCCCCAAACCUCGCGGCUCUCAGCCUCACGCUUGGAAAAGCAAUUGCCCGCCGCUGCCCCAUUCCGACGCAAUCAACACCAACGCCUUGCUUGCUUGCUCCGCUGCCCUCUACCAUCUGCGGUCCGGCCGACAGUGAUCGAAAUCGGUGGAUUCGGAGAGGCCAAGGCUCCUGGAGGAGAUGAACGGCAGCGGCGGAGGAGGAGAGGGAGGGGGAGGGGCGGAAGAGAUGGAGGAGGACGGCGUCCCCGGCUGCGCGAAAGGGGCGGGCGCGGGGAAUAAGGAGCGGGUGGUGCUGAUGUGGGGGUACCUGCCCGGCGUGUCGCCGCAGCGCUCGCCGCUGCUCGGACCGGUCCCCGUGAGGCUGCCCCCGGCAGCGGCGGCCGCCGCCGGUGAUGGGUGGAGAGACGUGUGCGGCGGAGGGUGCGGCUUCGCUAUGGCCAUCUCUGAGUCUGGAAAACUCCUCACUUGGGGUUCUGCUGAUGACAUGGGCCAAAGUUAUGUGACUGCUGGGAAGCACGAGGAGACUCCAGAGGCUUUUCCACUUCCUAGAGGCGUCGCAAUAGUGCGGGCAGAUGCUGGAUGGGCUCACUGUGUUGCAAUAACAGAUGAAGGUGAUGUUUAUACAUGGGGUUGGAAAGAGUGUGUUCCAACUGGAAGGGUUAUUGGAGACCAAUCUUCAGUUGGAACCAAGGAGAAGGAUGAAAGACAAAUGGCAAUGGCCACUGACCAAGUGAGCCCCAGGUCGCAGGUGUCUAGGACAAGCAGCGGGGCAGCAUCUGGUCCUUCUGAAAGCAGAGGCACUGAUGAUAGCACAAAGCGACGAAGGUUGUCUUCAGCAAAACAUGGCCCUGAGAGCUCGACAUCCAGUGACGAAAGUCUUUCCGCACCCCCUUGUGUUGUGACAUUUAAUACAGGAGUGAAAAUAGUGUCUGUAGCUGCUGGUGGUCGUCAUACAUUAGCACUGUCAGAUUUAGGUCAGGUAUGGGGUUGGGGAUAUGGAGGAGAAGGGCAACUAGGUCUGGGCUCUAGAAUCCGAACUGUUUCUUCUCCCCAUCCUGUACCGUGCAUUGAAUCAGCACUAUACAGCAAGGAUCGCCCAUCAGCUAUGAAAGAUUCAGGAGCUCUUCUUACAUUUGGGUGGGGGCUGUAUGGACAGUGUGGACAAGGGAAUACAGAUGAUGUUUUAAGUCCAACGUGUGUAUCGUCUAUCCUGGGAUCCAAGAUGCAAGACGUUGCUGCGGGUCUGUGGCACACUGUAUGUACAUCCGUAGAUGGUGAUGUUUAUUCCUUUGGAGGAAACCAGUUUGGGCAGCUUGGCACUGGUUCUGAUCAGGCUGAGACUGUUCCAAAAUUGGUAGAUGCUACCAGCCUAGAGAAUAAGAAUGCCAGAUCUGUUUCUUGUGGAGCUCGCCAUAGUGCUAUUAUAACAGAUGAAGGCGAGGUAUUCUGCUGGGGAUGGAACAAGUACGGCCAGCUUGGCCUUGGCGACUCAAUGGACAGGAACGUGCCUUGCAGUGUUCCUGUGGACGCUUACCACCCCCUAAACGUGUCCUGUGGCUGGUGGCACACCUUGGUGCUCGCGGACUCGCCUACUUGAAACCUGACAAAGAAAUUACCUUAGAUUGACAAUUUUGUUAGGAACUCGUAGGCUCGUGCAGAUGCGGUGAUGCUGCAUUUCAUCGUGUACAUACAUGGCAGUGCAUGCAGAUAUGUGUAUUCAUUCUUUGGCGGUGCACUCUUCAACCUGUGCAACGUAGACAAAGCUUGUAUCGCACCGCGUAUACAGUUGAGUAGGAUUGCCUCGACAAAUUGUGCAUUUCCUCCGUUGCUGCUAAUGUACAAAAUUCCACAAGCUAGACAGGGCAACCGAUGCGUUCCUCGUUGCAGAAGACAGAUCUCCAAAAUAAUUAAUGUUUGUGUAUCGUGAUGGUUGCGAUUC